AUGUCAGCCGGCGAGGAGUGGCCUGGCGAGGCGGCGGCGCCCGUGUACGUGUACGAGUCCAAGGUGCACUGUGCCAACGUGCUGCUGAGCCUGGAGGAGCAGCGGAGGCGGGGGAUCCUGUGUGAUGUGACGGUGCUGGUGGAGGGGCGGGAGAUCCGGGCCCACCGGGCCGUCCUGGCCGCCAGCAGCACCUACUUCCUGCAGGCGCUGCUGGGCCACACGGGGCCGCGCAGCGAGACGGAGCUCGUCAUCAGCCUGCCAGACAAGGUGACGGCAAAGGGUUUUGCUCCUCUGCUUCAGUUCGCCUACACGGCCAAGCUGGUUUUGAGCCGCGACAACAUCCGCGAGGUUAUCCUGUGCGCCGAGUUCCUGGGUGUCCACAACCUGGAGGAUUCCUGCUUCCGCUUCCUGCAGGCCCAGCUACAGAAUGACAGCCAGCACGGCAAGCUGGCGGACGAUGAUGACAUCGCGCUCGAGGACGCUGUCUUGCCCGAGACGCCCAUGGCGAUAUCGCUAGAUGUCCCCAUAGAAUCUAAGAGGUGUGCCGAUCAUGUAGCCGCCACUGUGCCACCUUCCACUGACCUCCCUCGGUGUCCCAAAUACAGGAAGUACCAAUAUCAGGCUGGCACCACGACACACAACGGGGAAAACCACCAUGGCAAUGAUGACGUUAUUUCAGCCAAUCAUACCUCAGUCAGUCCUCAUAGCCCACAGAUCCCUGUCGGCAACGCUCCUCCACAGUCUCUUCUCACCCCCUCCAGGAUCAAAGAGGAGCCCUUUGGCUUUGAGGAGGAGGAGGAAGAGGUGCUCAUUGGCAGGGAUGCUUGCGCGCCAGAGCUAUGUGCAGAAGAGGUGCUGGAGAUGGAGCUGGAGGUGGAAGGCGGCCCCAUAGCGGCUGAGCACUCCCCCAGCCGGGGCUCGCCCUCCUCCUGCCUGCGCUCCUACCUCCAGCGGGGAGGUCUGGACCUCAGCGGAGUGCCCAGCACCACCAUCCAACAGCUGCUCACCAACAGACUGUCCCUCAACCACUACAGGGAACUGGUCAGGGAGAGAGCGAGGGACCGGGGGGAAUCUCAGGGCCAAUGCCAAGAGGACCUCAAGACCAGCAGAACGGGUGCGUUGAUGAGCGGCUUGGGCGGGCCCGUGGAAGAGCCGGCGUCCAAAGCCUUAAACUGCGAUGGCACUUCUAAACAGGAGGGGGAGCUAGACAGACGCAGUGUGAUCUUCUCAUCGGCAGCUGGUAAGCAACCAGUAGUACCGAUUCCCUGCGGCUCGGGUAAUGGAUGGAUUGAAUGGUCAACAAAACAGCCCAGUUUAGAUAGACCACGCCCCCACACCAGCUGUCCUCUCCCCACCAAGAUGUCGGCACGCUCCCCUCCUCCUCCAGCCGAGCCCCGAACCCGCACUUCCAGCUCCUGCUCCUCCUUCUCCUAUCUGGAAGAUGGAGGCAGCACUAGCUCCCCCUCCAGCUUGCCCCAGUUUGACUUUUCCUCGUCCCCUUGUUCGGGCUCCAUGUCUGGGUUAGCCCGCUGCCUGGCCGGGGUCGGGGACAAGGCCAACCCCGGCAGCAGAGAGGCUGCCUUCUCUCAGGGUCACACCAAGAUCAAGUUUGAGCAGGGAUACGGGGCCAACGGGGCCAACUCCAGCGACGACUCGGGCUCCUUCUCAGAGGGAGACAGUGAGAGCGGCAUCACCCGAAACCCAGGCCCCGAGGUCAAGCUGCCUUUCCCCGUGGACCAGAUCACCAAUCUGCCACGCAAUGACUUCCAGAUCCUCAUCAAGAUGCACAAGCUGACCUCGGAGCAGCUGGAGUUCAUCCACGAUGUGCGCCGACGCAGCAAAAACCGCAUUGCCGCCCAGCGCUGCCGCAAGCGCAAGCUGGACUGCAUCCAGAACCUGGAGGUCGAGAUCCGCAAACUGGUGUGCGAGAAGGAGGCGCUGCUGAGCGAGCGCAACCAGCUGAAAGUGUGUAUGGGUGAGCUGUGGCAGAACCUCUCCUACCUCUCCCAGGAGGUGUGCAGGGAGGCGCAGGGGAGCCAGGACAAGAGCGGCGCCGGGCCGCAUGCCCCCCUCCCCCAUACGCUCCCGGGGACGGUCUCCGCCAGCAUCGACCUCACCUCCAACCCCGGAUCGCCGUCCUCAGAGGACGGCAAGGGCAGGGCGGGGUCACCUGUCUCCCUACGGCUCAAGACUCUGAGUCCCCCUGAUACGUUCCCCGGUCAAGGGGGUUCGGAAGGGAAGCAACUCCGGGCGGGGUUGCCUGCUCUGGGGCAGGAGGAGCAGGGAUCUCCCCCGAAGUGUGGAUCCGGUGUGGAUGUAUGUAGCCCCACUGUAACGGUGGACUUCUGUCAAGAAAUGACUGAGAAAUGCACAACGGAGGAGCAGAGGAGACAAGACUGUACUUAG